AAUCCAUUUUCUGUCAUUCAAUUUUAUUGCGUAUACUUUCUCUCCUUUUUGCUUGAUAAGUUGAGCUUUGUUUAUUGUUUUCGUAAAUAAACCCAUUUCCAUUAAAUUUAUAUUAUUUAACACAAUAUUGAUUAAUAGACAUGGAUAUUAUGGAUAUACAAGCAGUCGAAUCCAAAUUGAGCGACGUAACCGUGACACCAAUUCCCCGUUCUCAAGUACAAAACUUCUACAAUUACCAACAGCAGCGAGAACAACGCGACCAAACGCCACAAAUUCAGAUAUCAGCAAUUCAUCAUGUUCCACAAAUUCCACCGCCACCCAAACCGGUGUCGCCAGCCAUAAUAACAACACAAACAUCAGCCAAUAUUACAACUCCCAUGACUUCGGCUGCAAAUAUUCCAUCGAAUCUCACCAAUUUGCAUGGUCUGACAAAGUAUGCACAGCUGUUGGCAGUCAUUGAAGAAAUGGGUCGAGAUAUUCGACCAACUUAUACAGGCUCUCGAAGCUCUACUGAGCGGCUAAAGCGUGGCAUAGUACAUGCCAGGAUUUUGGUCCGUGAAUGCUUGAUGGAAACUGAACGUUCGGCGAGACAAUGAAUCUAUUGUGUAUUUGUCUUUUAUUCGCCAAAAUAUUAUAUUUCUUUAGUUAAACAAUUUAAGUAUUGAUUUAAACAUAAAACUUAAACUAAAAAUACUUCUUCAAUUUGAUUUUGCAUUCAACAAAAAAAAUUAGAAAACAACAGAAAUGUACCUUUUUUUAAAACAAAACCUGUUAAACUACAUAAAUAACAUUUGUAUACCAAAAACAUAAAAAAAAACUGAUAGGAGCAAAGAAAAUAUAUUAAAAAAAAAAAGAAAAACAAAUUAUAGCUCAGGUUUUUAUAGAACAAAAAAUAACAAAUAAAAAUUAAUAUUUUAUUCAAAUUAUUAUAACUUUAUAUAAGACACUUAGAUUUUAGAGUUUAACAAAAAUAAAAUACAAACAAUAAAAAAUAUGUAACUAUAACAUAAUGUUGGAGAUCAGUACUAAAAAAAGAAAAACCAUAACCAUUUAUGUACAAAAUAAGUGCAAAACCAAUCGAUGUUUUUU